AUGGAGGUACAGUCGCAGCUUCAGUAUGGGAAUCGCUCGACAUUGGAAAAGCUGGCAAGGGAAGCCGAGGCUUUAGCCCUGGACCAGGAGCAUGCGGGACCCGAGGAGAAGGCACAUGAGCGGUUAGCGAGGGAUUCACGAACCCCAGUCUUUGCGUCGGGACCCUACCGAGUGAAUCAGGAUGAGCAUGUCUCUGCCACAGACGUCGAGACGAUUUCAGGGAAUUUAGCAGCUGAGGACUCCAGCGUGAAGCAGACGGCAGGCUACAUUUCAGUGAACCCGAUCACGAACUAUUUCUUCUGGCUUUUCGAGGCGAAGCAGACACUCGCCUCAGUUAACCAGGUGGUGGAGUGGGCGGGGCAUCUCCGAACUUCAAAGUUCGCAGAGAACGGACCCUGCAAGGUGGCAAAGAACGGCGAGAAGACCUACGCAAAUCCGUCAUCUUGGCACAACGCAGCCAACGUGAUGUGGGUUGACCAGCCUGCCGGUGUUGGAUUCUCUACCGGUAUUGGCACCCAUGAUGAGAAGGGAGUCGCAGAAAAUAUGUACGUGUUCUUGCAAAAGUUCUUCCAGCAGUUCCCACAGUACCAGAAGACCAACUUCUUUGUAUUCGGAGAGUCCUAUGCAGGACACUAUGUGCCGGCUAUUUCCCAUCGAAUCUGGAGCAGCAACAAGGCCAACGAGGGACUGCACAUUCCCCUGAAGGGCCUGGCCAUUGGUGGUACCCUGAGAUGGGCCACUUCGGUGGACAGCAGGAGGGAGGGCAU